GUGAAACCCAAUUUAAAGUGCGUGACGUGUAUUUCAGCGAGCCUCCACAUUGUGAACAUUUAAGUGCGUGGGAUUGUGACUCAGCCAACGCCGAUUGUCGACGAGCACGGCGGCAUUUUGCACCGUGCGUGGUGCGCGCGCCUUCCCGCGUGCCCACGCCUAGUACGGACAUCCGAGCUGCUACGUCAAGCCCGACAGGAGGCUACGGCACUCACGGCCACCAUCACGGAGGAAGUAAGUGAGGAUUUUGCGUGGAAGACGUGUAAUGACGAUGAAGAUGAUGCGUUUAAUGGCGGCCGCCAGCGCGCUGUAGAGGACGAGGAUGAGCAGGCGGCCAUCGGUGCUCGCCUUGGCGGUACUCCUGCUGAGUGUAUCCCCGGACAAGACUGACGGCAGCGGCGGAUCGGCUGCGGGUUCUGCACCGCAGCCCAGGUGGCGCCACGGCAACGACAGCCAUGAAAGCGCCACUUCCAGCUUCUUCACCAGCGCGUCCGAAGAGCCGCCGCCGCUGUGCGCCUACCAGGUGACGGAGGGCGGCGUCGGCGGCCCGCUCUGCUUCCGCCACCCGCUGCCGAGCUACACGUGCCAGGGGCCGGACUGCAGGUCGGCGGUGUCCUCGGGCAGCCUCGCGGCUAACCUCCUCCUCAACGGCAGCGUGCUGCUCCAGUGGCGGCGAGACAGCGACGUCCCGGGGUUGUCGAGUCUUUUCGCCGGGCGCCGCCACCGACGCCGCGGCUACGAGCUGAGCUGCUGGUGGAACGGCAGCUACACGCAGUUCGAGUGCGCCGGCGUCCACCUGGGCGCGGGCUGCAGCGACUUCCUGCUGACGGAGCUGCACGAAAGCAUCCCCUACCGCGUGUGCCUGCGGGCCGCAGCCCGGAGGAGCGGCGGGCGCGGGGACUGCGUGGAGUUCGUCCUGCCGCCAUCCGGGAUGCAGGAUAUCGUCAUCGCCAUGACGACAGUCGGGGGAGCCAUUUGCGUGAUGUUGGUCAUCAUCUGCUUGCUGGUGGCGUACAUCACGGAGAACAUCAUGAGCCCCUCCACGCAGCACACCUACUCGUACCGCACGCACUCGCGACACUGAGGUCACCGCCAUCCCAUGUCACGUCCAUCGAGCGCAGCAUUAAUGUACGGCAGGGGUGUCCAAAUUGCGGCGUAGGUGCCAUCUUCUGCCCGCAAUCUUUUUUUCUUUUCUUUUUAUUGGCCCUAACAUUUAAAGGCCUACUGAAAUGAGAUGUUCUUAUUUAAACGGGGAUAGCAGGUCCAUUCUAUGUGUCAAACUUGAUCAUUUCGCGAUAUUGCCAUAUUUUUGCUGAAAGGAUUUAGUAGAGAACAUCCACGAUAAAGUUCGCAACUUUCGGUGCUAAGGGAAAUGCCCUGCCUCUACCGGAAGUCGCAGACGAUGACGUCACAUAUUUGAUGGCUCCUCACACAUUCACAUUGUUUUUAAUGGUAGCUGUCACGCCAAAUUUCUUCUCCCUACAAACACCCCCCUCCCAUUUACUUCCGGGGUCAUGAUUAAUACAGACGUUUUGUUAACUCUAUAUUAUAAAAAAUAUAACGCUAUAUUAUAAAAAUACAGACGUUUUGUUAACGCUAUAUUAUAAAAAAAAUUUAAAAACUAUUUACAAACACAAGCUAUGGGAUGACAUAAGAGGAAACGUGACCUGGAAGUAAAUGCGUCAUCCCAUAGCUUGUGUUUGUAAAUUGUUUUUUAAUUUUUUUUAUAAUACCGCGUUAACAAAACGUCUGUAUUUUUAUAAUAUAGCGUUAUAUUUUUAUAAUAUAGCGUUAACAAAACGUCUGUAUUAAUCAUGACCCCGGAAGUAAAUGGGGGCGGAGGGGGGUUGUAGAGGGGAAGAAAUUUGGCGUGACAGCUCCUCACAUAUUCACAUUGUUUUUAAUGAGAGCCUCCAACAAAAAGUGCUAUUCGGACCGAGAAAACGACAAUUUCCCCAUUUAUUUGAGCGAAAAUGAAAGCUUUGUGUUUGAGGAUAUUGAUAGCGAUGGACUAGAAGAAAAAAAAAGAUUUAAAAAAAUAAGUAAAAAAAAAAAACGCGAUUGCAUUGGGACGGAUUUUGAUGUUUUUAAAGACAUUUACUAGGAUAAUUCUGGGAAAUCCCUUAUCUUUCUAUUGUGUUGCUAGUGUUUUAGUGAGUUAAAUAGUACCUGAUAGUCAGAGGUGUAUGUCCACGGGUGUGCUGACGCCAAUGUCUCAGGGGAGCCGACGGCAGCUUUAUGGACGGCACAAGCUCAGCUUUUCUCCAGUAAGAAGCGAGUUUUUACCACAAUUUUCUCACCGAAAACUGCUGGUUGACAUUCCGUCGUGAUUCAUGUUUGCUUGACCGCGCUCUGAUCCAUAGUAAAGUUUCACCUCCAGGAAUCUUAAAAAAGGAAUCACCAUGUGUUUGUGUGGCUAAAGGCUAAAGCUUCUCAACUCCAUCUUUCUACUGUGACUUUUCCAAUAUUAAUUGAAAAAAUUGCAAAAGAUUCAGCAACACAGAUUUCCAAAAUACUGUGUAAUUAUGCCGUUAAAGCAGACGACUUUUAGCUGUGUGUGUGUGCAGUGCUCAUAUUUCCUUAAAACCCAUGACGUCUUGCGAACUCCCGGGAAAUUUAAAAUUGUAAUUUAGUAAACUAAAAAGGCCGUAUUGGCAUGUGUUGCAAUGUUAAUAUUUCAUCAUUGAUAUAUAAACUAUCAGACUGCGUGGUGGGUAGUAGUGGGUUUCAGUAGGCCUUUAAUAAUAAUAAUAAUAAUAAUAAUGGAUUAGAUUUUUUAUCGCGCUUUUCUAUUGUUAGAUACUGAAAGCGCUCACAGAGAAGUGAAAACCCAUCAUUCAUUCACACCUGGUGGUGGUAAGCUACAUCUGUAGCCACAGCUGCCCUGGGGUAGACUGACGGAAGCGUGGCUGCCAGUUUGCGCCUACGGCCCCUCCGACCACCACCUAUUCAUCCAUUCAUCAUUCAUUCACCAGUGUGAGCGGGACUUGGGGCAAGGGUGAAGUGUCCUGCCCAAGGACACAACAGCAGCGAUUUGGAUGUAAAUGGGUGGGAAGCGAACCUGCAACCCUCAGGUUUCUGGCAUGGCCGCUCUACCCACUACGCCAUGCCACAUUUGUUAUUGUGCGUCAUAAGGUUGAUUUUGUAAAUUACUGUGACCAACAGGUGUCACUAAAAUCAAAUGACCACCCCACUUAAAAAACAGAAGUCUGUCAUAAUAAGUCUACUGUUUUUUUUAUACCUGCAAUUGUUUUUCAAUAAUUUCACUCAAUCAAGCCGUUUUUUAAUAAUACAAGCUAGAAAAUAACAAUACAUAAUGAGUCGAAUAAUAAUGGUUUUGGCCAAUAGUCCAAUAUCAUUAUAUAGUAUCAGAAGUGAGUUCUUCUUACAUACAAAUGCCCGUCCAUCCAUCCAUUUGAGGAAAAUACGGUUAAUAGUGCAACAAAAACUAAUAAUGCUAUAUUUCAGUUUGGGGGUUUUUAUUGGGCGGUAUAGCUCAGUUGUUGAAGUGGGCGUGCCAGCAACUGGAGGGUUGCAGGUUUGAUCCCCCUUUUCGGCCAUCCUAGUCACUUUACCCACCUGCUCCCAGUGCCACCCACACUGGUUUAAAUGUAAAGUAGAUAUUGGGUUUCACGAUGUAAAAGUGCUGUGAGUCACUAGAGAAAAGCACUAUAUAAAUAUAUUUCAUUUCACUUUUUAUUGGCCCUGACAUUUAUUAUUAAUGAGAUGUAUAUUACAGGUGUUACAUGUUGAUUUGUUAGCUCAGCACAGUGUUUCUUAAUUAUCAUGGAGCCAAUUUAACAUCCCUUACGGCAGUGGUCCCCAACCACCGGGCCACGGCCCGGGACCGAUUAGUACCGGGCUGCACAAGAAAAAAUGUUUUAAAUAAAAAUAAAUACUUUUUUUUAAAUUAUUAAAUCAACAUAAAAAACACAAUACAUACAUUAUAUAUCAAUAUAUAUCAAUACAGUCUGCAGGGAUACAGUCCGUUAGCACACAUGAUUGUAUUUCUUUAUGGGGGAAAAACUAACAAAAAAAUGGGGGGGUGUUUUUUAUUUGUAUUUAUUUAUUAAAUUUUAUUUUUUUUCUUGUGCGGAAUACCCCAAGGUUGGGAACCACUGCCCUACGGCACACCAUGCACCGACAGAAAUGGCUUACUCCUGCCAUCUACUGGGAGAGCACGGAAUUUUUCAUGUGGUAGGCUAGCAGCUACACAACAGCUAAGCACACAAUAAUGCACAAGCAAGGCAUAUGACAAAAGGGUCUUUAACUGAACAAUAUUUAAGUCUAGAACAGUACAUUUGUCGGUAUAUAAACAAGUAUUAAGUCAUUAUAGUUGAUUUAAAAAAAAGGAUCCGGUAACAAAUGUGUUCGCAUCUUUCAAUUUACUGCAUCAUGAGGUGGAUUUAAUAAAUUGUUGUGACCAACAGGUAUCACUAGAAUCAAAUUAUCACACCAUUUAAAAAACAUAAGUCUGUUACUGUUUUUUUUUUACCUGCAAAUGUUUUUGAGUAAUUUCACUUGAUCAAGCAAUUUUUUUAAUAUUCUAAACUAUCCAGCCAUCAAUUUUCUACCGGUUGUCCCUUUUUUGGGGUGGCGGGGGGUGCUGGAGCCUAUCUCAGCUGCAUUUGGGCGGAAGGCGGUGUACACCUUGGACAAGUUGCCACCUCAUCGCAGGGCCAACACAUAUAGACAGACAACAUUCACACUCACAUUCACACACUAGGGCCAAUUUAGUGUUGCCAAUCAACCUGUCCCCAGGUGCAUGUCUUUGGAGGUGGGAGGAAGCCGCAGUACCCGGAGGGAACCCACGCAGUCAUGGGGAGAACAUGAAAACUCCACACAGAAAAAUCCAGAGCACGGAAUUGAACCCAGGACUUCUCAGGACCUUCGUAUUGUCAGGCACAUGCACUAACCCCUGGUCCACUGUACUAGAAAAUUUGGCGUCAGAUGAAAAAAUCUUCCCUGCCUUCAAUCGUCUCCAUCUGACAAAGGCAUUCCCGAUACAAAUCCUUGUUUUGUUCCUGGCUUUGUCAUGAAUAAGUUGAGAAUCAUAAUGAUGCCUUUUUAGAUUUACUAAGGUCUGACAUGUUCAGUAACUUUACCGGUGGCAGGAGCCAGACAAAUGUGGCGGUGCGUAACUGGCAACCUGGAUGUGACACACUCACAGACUUUUCAAUUGGUCAAACGGUGGAGAGCAAGGCAUUGAAAUGAAAACAAUAGCAAGAUUUCGGGGCUGUAAAUCUAAUUUUGAAAUGAGCAUAUCCUGGCUGAACUACCGUUAUCAGUUAUAAAGGUAUUCGAAAAUAACUUGAUUUAUUAAUGCCUUUUAAUGGCUAUUGAAAGAUGACUUGACAUAAAAUUACUACAUAUGGCUCCUUUAAGUAAAAUAAUUACUAUUACCUUAAACUACAGUGUUGCAAUAAACUCACUGGAAUAUCGGGAAAUUUGAUAAAAGUACAAAUGAGAAAUCUGAUACCAGUACCCACCUUGGUAUCAAUACUUUCGAUAUUUCCAUAGACACACCAACCCUUAAUAAUGCAAAACAAUCUGUAGAAAAGAGUAAAUCGGAGUCGUGGUUUGAUUGUCAGGCUAACUCUACGAAGACGCGGAAGGAGAUUUUUACAACAAAGUUCUAAAGCUUAGUGAUGGAUAUAUCAGUUUGUAGGUGGGUUUAUUUUUUUCCCUUCGCGUUCAUAUUUUGCUGUGUUUGUUGCAUUUUUGUUGCGUUUCAGUUGAUUGUAAAAUAUAUCGAUGGAGGUGUGACGUUCACAUGUUGUCAAUAUUCAGUGUUUUAUCAUUCAUAGUUAAUAUUGUAGAUCCCACAUUCUUUAUUUUCAUGUACGUUCUGGGUGUCUCAUUCAGUCCAUUCCGUCAGGCAAAUCAUAUUGUCUAAAAAUAAAAUUUCCUAUCGAUAACGUGACAUCAUCAGGUGCACACUCAGUCAGUUCGUGCACGACGGGAAAAAAAUGGCAAACUCGUUGGGGAAACGUAAAAUAGACUCUGAUUGUAGAGUUUUUAAGCAUCAGUGGACAAUGUAAGGAAAAGGCAGUUUUGUCUAAUCUGCAAUGAGACAGAUUUUAUAUAUAUAUAUAUAUAUAUAUUUAUAUAUAUAUAUAUAUAUAUAUAGUUGGGCUUCACAGUGAAAGAGGGGUUAGUGCGUCUGCCUCACAAUACGAAGGUCCUGAGUAGUCAGGGUUCAAUCCCGGGCUCGGGAUCUUUCUGUGUGGAGUUUGCAUGUCCUCCCCGUGAAUGCGUGGGUUCCCUCCGGGUACUCCGGCUUCCUCCCACUUCUAAAGACAUGCACCUGGGGAUAGGUUGAUUGGCAACACUAACUGUGAGUGUGAAUGUUGUGUGUCUGUGUUGGCCCUGCGAUGAGAUGGUGACUUGUCCAGGUUGUACACCGCCUUCCGCCCGAUUGUAGCUGAGAUACGCACCAGCAAACCCAAAGUGAAUAAGCGGUAGAAAAUGUAUGGAUGGAUAUACAGUAUAUAGUUGAGGUUAAUGUGGUGUAUCCAUUAUAGAGUGCUUGAAACAGGGGUAGAUUGGAAUAUACGUUAGGUCAGGAAAAAACACAUAGGCUUUUUCAUCCCUACAAGCCUGUUUUGCAGGUUUCCUAGCUCUUCAGGGGAUUUCCUGAAUAUAUAUAGCCCGGCCCCUGGCCAAAUUUAUUUAACCCAAUGAUACGCCCGGAUUGGGGACUCCUGCCUUAGCAUAUAUGAUAUACAUUGGAUAUAUUAUCUGUAAUGUACAAAAUGUGCCAAAGUAAAACCGCCCUCUUCAAUUGCUUUGUCUGCUGCAAUCACUGAAGAGUUUGGACACCCCUGUUCUGUAUGGUGUACAUCGUGUUUCUCCUUCAAACCUUUUGGGAAGUCCCAUGACGUUUGAGGACGUCCAUGUUUUGUGCCACUUCAGAGACGUUUCCCUCGAAAAAUUUGGCUUUGGAAGCUUCCCUUUCCCUUAGUCUUUCUGUGUUGUGUUCAAGGCCAGUCAGGGAGUGUGUUCAUCAGUACGCCGGCAGCAAAGAGCAAUAUGAUUCAUGAAAGGCUUUGAAAUACAUCCCAUUAGCUGAUGUUUGUGUCCUCAUUGUAAAAGACACUCCAGUGAAUCACAUUCCUCUGUAUAAAGGGCAAUACGAUCUCUAAAUACUGUACCAAACUCCGUGACCUACAAUACUUUUGUGUCCUUCAGUCAGACAAUAAAGUAUCCUGUGAUUAUUUA